CUUGCGGAGUCAGGGUAUUCUGGUACUACUUUUAGGACCAGCAACAAAUGCGUGUAGUUUCUGUAUUCAUGCGUGGAAACUGGGGAUAGCACUAGCAGCAGCUCUGAGUGUAGUGUUCAGUGUAAUAAUCGUAAGUGAAAAGCCAGAUUCACUAAUAACCUUCACUUGCGAAGAUUUGCCAGUUGGUGCUGUUGAGUGGUUGAUGUGGAUUGUUCGCUACCCUUCCAUUUUACAUCCUUUGGCUUAUUGAUUCCAUUUCCGGCUACUCUAAUUUGAAGCUGUUGCUAUACUGUUCUCUGGGUUGUGACGGAUUGUCGUGUUGGUACGCAAAUUUUUGUUAAUUCGAAGGCUACCGAACAUGACAACGACUGAUUUCGGCGGACCAAAGUUUGACAUCGUUGCAUCGGUUUAUCGCACUCUUCGCUGCAGUUAACCGUCAAUGUUAUAUCGUAACUCAUCAGAGUCUGCUGUGAAAUUUUGAUGCACGGCACGUCAUUGAAGCGUGGAAUUUGGAAUUUUUGGCCACUGCUGAUUUUUGCCCGUGAACACUGCCACAUCUUUCUUCGACAGUUAACACUAUGGACGCUGAUUAUUGGUUGUUUUUGUUAGUAAUUGUUUUCGCCAGUUUAACCGACGCACAGUUCGGCUUUGCGGAUCCGCAGAGUAUCGGCGUGCGCUAUCCUUAUCCCGGUCCCAACUUAUACCAACCGAAUAAUCCCUUCUUCAAACCGCAGUUUGAGUCGGACGACGUGUUUGUCACGGUGGAGACGACGAAGGGAAAAGUGACGGGGCGCGUGGUGCGGCUGUAUGACGGUCCGGGUCGGGAAUGGGACAAGCGGCAUCUGGCCUUCAGCAACCAGGCGCCUUAUAUGCCCUGGCUCAAUGUGACCGUCUUCCUGGGUAUUCCCUAUGCCGAACCACCGCUCAGAGAUCUCAGAUUCAUGCCCCCACGUGAGAAGCCGGCUUGGCGUCCGGCUACUCUCCCCGCCAUUCGCUACGGCGCUGUGUGUCCGCAACCGGAGAGAUUCAUCGAAGUCGUAAAAAAUAGGUUCAACAUGAGCGAAGAUUGUUUAUAUCUAAACGUCUUCACACCAAAUAUAACGGAAUUAACAUUCCCCGUAAUGGUUUUCAUCCACGGUGGAGGAUUUUAUUGGGGCGCCAGUGAUAUAUAUCCCGGUCAUGUUUUAUCCGCCUCACAGGGCGUCGUUGUGGUUACUUUUAAUUACCGUUUGGGCGCUCUUGGCUUCCUGUCCACCGGGGAUAUUAAUAGUCCGGGGAAUUAUGGUAUGUUGGAUCAGAGGAUGGCCAUCGAAUGGGUGAAAAACAAUAUCCGCGCCUUCCGCGGUGAUCCCGACCGUAUAACAAUAUUCGGACAAAGUUCCGGAGCGGCAUCUGUCGGCCUCCAUACUUUAUCCUUCCGUUCCAGAGGCCUUUUUCGAUCUGCGAUUGCUCAGAGCGGGUCAGAGCUGGCACCCUGGUCCGUAAUUAAGCACUGGGAGCACGCUUGGAAUAACAGUCGAAAAUUUGGUGAACAUGUCAAUUGUCCGACUUAUUCAUCUGAUCGAUUGGUUAACUGUCUGCGAUAUAGUCGCUCAGAAGUGGAUUUGGCUCGUGCGGUAGAAAAUUUUCAGCCCGACAUUGGGCUUUUUGGAUUUGCGCCGGUUGUGGAUAUCCCCCAGGAUCGCGGUAUAUUAGCGCCGGAUUUCCAGUUUCUUCCUAAUAAACCGGAGGUUUUGCUGAGGAGCGGCGCAUACGAUUCACGAAUGCCGUUCUUGAGCGGUGUUACCGAAGACGAAGGAUAUGGCUUCUUAAAAAACAACGAUAUCGCUAAGACAAAGCGUGUAAACUAUCUGAUUACAACGGCUGACAUGGAUGACGCAAUCCGGGACCUACUAAAGAGGGAAAACUACACGCAGAAUGCAGCAGCCGUGGAGGCAGCGGUGCGAUUUAUGUAUACACACUGGCCAGACCCGAAAAACGAAACAAUGCGGAGGAAGCAAUACGUUAACUUGUUCUCGGAUAUCUAUUAUAAAUCACCGGCAUACAAAUCCAUCAACCUUCGCGCCUCCAUUGGCGCCCCUGUAUACCAAUAUGUUUUGAAUUACUCGAUUGAAGCCACGCGGAAUAUCACCGAUCCGAUGUUUUCUUUUGGAUUUGUUCCGCACAUGGAAGACUUGCAUUUCGUUUUUGGAUUCCCCUUCUUGAACGAUCCUCGCCAUGACAACUACACGCCGCCCGUCGUCCCCCCAACCCUGAGGCGCUACGACUGGAAGCAGGGAGAUAGGAAUAUGAGCGAUUUCAUGAUGCAGAUGUGGGCUAACUUCGCCAAAUAUGAGAACCCCACUCCGUGGCGAGUAUGCAACACCAGCUGGGAGAAAUACACUCUGAUGCGCGAUUCCUACCUGGUACUGAAUAUGACCAAUACCAGCUACAUCUACCAGGGCUACAGGCCCUUGGAGUCGGCCUUCUGGAUUGAUUAUCUUCCCGGGCAGUUCUUUCCCACGACGAUGGCCCCGUGGCCGACGGAAUCCCCCAUUGAAUUUGAUCGACGGAGGUACAUGAUCGCCACAUAUACAACGGUAGUGCUGGGAGGAAUUAUUUUGAUAGUGCUAAUUGUGGUGUGCACAUUGUACAUCAGGCAACGGAAGGGGCUGGACGAAAUGGAGUUUUAGAAAAAAACAUUGUUUAGCUGUUUGAUUAUUAAAUUCUGUGCCUUUCUGCUUUACCAAAGAGUCUCACCGAUCCCAAAGAUUCGUCAAUGUCACUGGGAGAGUCCAGCUGAAGUUAUUUUUAUAUAUUGUUGCCGUUUUUAAUAUUAUUCACUGUGUUGUGAUUUUGUUCUUAUUUGCAGUUUUUCGGUUUUUUAGUCUUUGUUUUGGUUUUAUUUUGCUUUUAACGGAAAUAUUGUUUGCACUAUUA